AUGGAUAUGAUGUCAGUCAGCACGGCGGCCUUCGCCCCCGCUGCAGCUUCUGGCUCCGACCUGCAUUCGAUCCUAAGCUCAACCGGUCCUGCCAGAGCAGCGACGUCCACUUCCUCGCUCAAUUCCCUGAAUGACUACACGAACUAUCCUCUCAUCCGUCAGGGCGAUCGCACGUACUUGCGCGACCCCGAAAGUCUGUACCCUUUACCAUGCGAUCUCCCGGAAAUUCAUCGCCAAACACUGCGCUCUCUAAUGCUGCUGCGUGUUUUCGGAGGCCCUUUCUGCAACCCAUACUUUGCUGAUCGCCCUCCCCAGCGUAUCCUCGAAAUCGCAUGCGGAUCGGGUCUCUGGUCAAGCUUGUCUCAUGACUAUUUCGCCCGUCGUGGCGCUCGCAAUGUUGCUUUCCACGGUAUUGACCUCGUUUCCUUAGCGCCCGACUUGCGCAAAAAGGGUGUCAAUUGGCAAUUUAAGCGCCAUGAUCUACGGAAGCCUCGUUUGCCUUUCCCCGACGAUUAUUUCGAUUUUGUCUUCAUUAAGGAUGCGUCGAUGUGCCCCUCCAGUCCAGCACAGCAGGCGUCUGGCUUGAGCGAGCCAUUGCGAGUUCUCAAACCGGGCGGUGUCCUGGAAGUAUGGGACUCCGAUUCGGUGUUCCGAUCAUUGCUCCCUAAUCCUGCACCCGCUCGUAAAUUAGCAUCGAGAGAACAAGAAAUUGCGGAUGCGACCGCUACCUACACAUUUUCGCCUGCCACCCCAUUCACACGAGUGCAGAACAAGUUCCUUCAAGACUACAAUUCUUGGGCUGAGAAAGCAUUCGACCAUCGCAAACUCACUGCACUACCUUGUGCCACGAUUGGACUUUCCUUCAACUCCGAGGUAGACGUCUUGGAGAAAGUGGAUAGCCGCCGAAUUGCUAUACCGCUAGGCGACUUACGAUGGGAACGAGAAAGCAAGGACUCUAGCGGCGGCGCGCGCAAGCAAUUAACGGCAGAUCAAAUGUCUAUCCGGCGCACAGCUCUUUUGACCGUGAUCCAGAUGAUCGAGGGCAUGGAGCCUAUCCUCAUGGAGGCCAGCGGGAAGAGUAGAGAUGAAUGGGAUAGGUGGUGGACAGCCAUGAUGGCCGAUGUGUUCCAGAAAGGGGGCCUUGCAAACGGCGAAUGUUUGGAAGUGAGUGCUUGGUGGGGUCAAAAGAAAACCCCUAGCACGAAGAAAUCAUAG